AUGGGAUCAAUUGAAACCCCCGCCCAGGUCUUCAUGAUCUUUGGAAAUGGCAUGAUUGCCAACCAGAUCAAGGAUGUCCUUCAGGAGCAGGGCAAAACGGUCGUUAUGUCCAAGGCCAGGACCGAGAGCCGUGAGCAGGUCUUAAGUGAUCUUGUCGAGCACAAAGUCACUCGGGUGUUCAACUGCGCUGGUACCCGUGGUACUCCCAACGCCGACUGGUGCGAAGACCACAAGGUCGAGACUGUCCGGUCCAAUGUUCUUGGAGCCCUCAACGUGGUAGAUGUUGCCUACGAACUUGGCAUCCACGUUACGCACAUCGGAUCCGCCUGUAUCUACACUCGGUCACAGGAAGAGAUCAAGACCCUCCCCCCCUUCACGGAGGAGGACGAGCCCUUCUACCAGGGCUCCUGGUACUCCCGCAGCCGUCUACUCAGCGAGCUGACCAUUCGCCACUACCCUAACCUGCUGCUCCUGCGUAUCCGCCUGCCUAUUGCUGCCGAUCUGCAUAAGAACAGCCACAUCGGACGGUUGCUGAAGUGUGAGAAGAUCGUUGACUGGACUGGAUCUGGCUCGAUUCUGCUCAACCUCCUCCCUGGCGCUGUCAUUCUAUCCGACAAUGCCGAGACCGGCGUCUACAACUUUGUAACCCCUGGUGAGAUCAGCAACGUUGAGAUAAUGGAAUUGGCCAAGAAAUACAUCAGGCCCGACCUCACCUGGCAAACAUUCGGACUCGACGACAUGGCCAAGAUCCUUAAGGCCCCGCGCGCUAACUGCAUCUUGGACGCCAGCAAGUUCAAGAACAAGCUGCAGGAAUACGGGUACGAGGUGAAGGAGCGUCGGGAGGCUCUGGAGGAACUCUUCCAGGUCAUGGUCAAGAAGGGUCUAUAG